CAGAUAUAUAGGCCGGCGUACCCCGUCCCUCUGCGCAGCUCUUCUAUCAAACAAGUUUCCCCGAUAACAUAAACGAGUUUCAAAUCCAGUACGUAUAAAAUUAAUUAAUUUCUCAUUUCUCCUUUCCUAGAUCUGCGUAAAUCAGGAAACCUGCCCCGUCUCAUUUCUCCAGCUCAGUUUCUGGAUUUGUUGCUUUCUGAAUUCCGGAUCCAUUCCGAGGUCGCCAUCCAUGGGAUUCGCGAAAGACGAAGCGAGUUCAUCCUCCCAUGUCCUCCACUUACCACCGCGAGAAGACACCCCACUCCUCUCGAGUCAACACCAUCUCUCUUCCCCGACCAAAACCUUCGCCAAUGUUUUCAUAGCCAUCGUCGGAUCAGGGGUUCUUGGUCUACCCUAUACGUUCAAGAGAACUGGAUGGGUCAUGGGUGUUCUUAUGCUCUUCUCUGUGGCCUCCUUGACCUACUACUGUAUGAUGCUGUUAGUGCAUUCACGAAGAAAGCUCGAAUCCAAUCCCAAGUCCCCGAAGCUCUCAUCUUUUGGCGAUCUAGGGUUUGCUGUGUGUGGUCGGAUAGGGAGGUUUGCUGUUGAUGUUAUGAUUGUUCUCUCCCAAGCUGGAUUCUGUGUUAGCUACAUGAUUUUCAUAGCAAAUAGUUUAGCUCACAUAUUCAAUUAUGCAUCUGUUGAGCACCCAAACCCUAAAAUUUUGGGGAUUUCCCCAAAAUCUGUGUAUGUCUGGAGCUGUUUUCCAUUCCAACUGGGGUUGAAUUCAAUUCCCACACUUACCAAUUUAGCUCCUUUAAGCAUCUUCGCCGAUGUGGUUGAUUUGGGAGCUAUGGGUGUGGUUAUGGUUGAGGAUGUUUUAGUCUACUUACAGAACAGGCCUGUUCUUCAGCCCUUUGGUGGGCUCAGUGUGUUCUUCUAUGGUCUUGGAGUUGCUGUGUAUGCUUUUGAAGGGGUCGGGAUGGUUUUGCCCCUAGAGUCAGAGACGGAGGACAAGGGUAAGUUUGGAAGAGUCUUGGGUUUAUCAAUGGCACUGAUAUCUAUGAUGUAUGGGGUGUUUGGGAUACUAGGUUACUUUGCAUUUGGUGAUGAGACUAAAGACAUAAUCACCACUAACCUUGGGAGGGGGCUUGUAAGCAGCCUUGUCCAAAUCGGGUUAUGUGUUAAUCUUUUCUUUACCUUCCCACUAAUGAUGAACCCGGUGUAUGAAGUGUUGGAAAGGAGGUUCUGUGAAGGAAAAUAUUCACUUUGGCUAAGGUGGUUUGGUGUGUUUGUGGUCAGUUUGGUGGCUCUGGCAGUUCCUAACUUUGCGGACUUUUUAUCGCUAGUGGGGAGCAGUGUGUGCAUUGUGCUGGGCUUUGUUUUGCCGGCUUUGUUUCAUCUGAUUGUGUUCAAGCAAGAAUUGGGUUGGCUUGGGUUGGCUUAUGAUGGAGCCAUCAUUGUUCUGGGCUUCUCUUUUGCUUCCUACGGCACGUUCUCUUCUCUGUUGGAUAUCUUCGCAGUGAAGGCUUAAUUAAUCAUUGAUUGGGGGGUUUCACCGCCCGGCCGGCGGGCCAUUCAUCAAGCAACAUUUGUGUGUCGUAGUACUUUUUUAUGUACUCCCUACAAUAUAUGCAUAUGUGUUGGUUGGUGUUCUUGAAACACCAUCCAAAAAGAUCCCAACCCCCGUAUGUUAAUCAAUUAAGAAGAGGCUGCCACGCUGGACAUAUACUGUAAUGUGGUGUCAUACUUUUUGGUGGCUGUUGCAAGUCAUCUUGCCCUUGAAAGAAUUCUCAUGUUUUUGCUUUCUUCCUUUUCUGUGCCCACAAUAAAAAUUUACUCUCCCAUGGAAAUUUGGCUUCUAAAG